AUGGAGGAGGAACGUCUCUUCGAUGAAAGAGUUUCAAUUCGAGAUUCAGCUCGCCCACUUAAAAAAUAUGGAAGUACUUGUAACCACAUGAAAAGGAACGAAGAAUAUAUCAAGCAUGUGAUGUCAAAAGGCGAUACCCUGCAAGGGCUCGCGCUCAAAUAUGGUGUUACCAUGGAGAAAAUUAGGCGGGCGAAUCGUUUAUUUGCAACGGACAGUUUGUUUUUACGGGAGUACUUAUUGAUUCCCGUCACCAAAGAUUCUCCUUUCUACGAGAAUGGUGAGCGUGUGACGGAGUUGCCUCCGCCAAAUCAUCGUGCAUCUAUCGCGGGCAUGCCCACUGGGGAUUUCUCCCCAGGCAGUCCAGACGAGAAGAAAAGCUUUGACGAGUUCCUCAAUAGACUGGACUCCUCACUGGCUGAUAUCAAGAAGCAUGUUGAGAAAACCAAGGAAACUAGCGAAUUCGUGAAAGACCUGGAGGAUGGUUUCGUCCGUCACCGGCCGACGGCGCGGCUUCGGCAGUCUGCGUCCAUGGGUGCGUCUACUUCGUACAAUGAAGUGAUACCGCCUCCGUUGCCUCCGCCGCCGGUGGGUCUCACCCAGGGUAGGCGGGUGGAUACCUCCCUCAGGCGUCUGGAGCGCACUCAUGAUGACCUCUUCCAAUUGUAG